AUGGUGAUGGGCGUCGUGGUGAGUCAUUCGGACGCCACGGAGAAGGUCUUGUCCUCGGUAUCGGCCGCUGUCGGCUCCUACGAUGAGACCCUCACAAAACCUCCAAGCUGCUGGAGGAGUACCGAAAGCACAACUACUACUACGCCGGACAAUAUUUUUGUCUUUUGCGACGGCGUCUCUGAGACCCAGUUUGAACAGGUGAAGGAGAAGGAGAUUCCGUUGAUUCAGGCCGCCAUCAAGAAGGUCAGCAAAAGCUGCAACCUGAGCGUCUUUGUCAUUCAGAAAAUCCAUCACACUCGAUUCAUGCUGACGCAGUCACGAAGGAGCCACAGCUACAAUGUGCCCAGCGGAACGGUGGUUGACCGAUCGAUUGUUGAGCCUUUUUACGAUGCUUUCUACCUUAACUCGCAUUUUUCUCUACAAGGCACCUCUAAGCCGACCAAGUACAUUUGUUUGCUGGACGAACUUCAGAUGGCCACCGACGAGCUUUAA